ACUUGGUGGGCAGCUCAGAUGCCCCAGGCAGCCCGGGCACCUCGACCUUUGUCCCUGUCACCCCUCCGCAGAGCGCUGGGGCAUUCGCGGCUAUUCCUGGAAACAGGAUAAGGAGGAGUUCCCAAGGCAUCGCAGGGCUGCUUGGGACUGACUCAACAGCUGACUGGGCAGUGCCUGCCCCCAACCCCGCCGAGGGGCAGGAGGACAGAGGUCUUGGUGGCCCUGGAUCCUGUGGCUGCAAUCUGCUCCAAACAGCAGUUAGGUCAGCACCGCGCUCACCCCAGAGGCAGUUCCGCCCAUGGCGUUCUCUGAGCUCUUAGAGCAAGCUGGCGGUGCCGGCCUCUUCCAGGCCCUGCUGCUGCUCACCUUCAUCCUCCCCUGCUUCAUGGUGUCCUUCCACAUGCUCCUGGAGAACUUCUCAGCCGCUGUCCCAGGCCACCGAUGCUGGACGCAAUUGCUGGAUAACGGCUCUGCGGUCCCCGCAAACAUGACCCCCGAGGCCCUUCUGACCAUCUCUAUCCCGCUGGACCUCAACUGGGAGCCCCAUCAGUGCCGCCGCUUCCGCCAGCCACAGUGGCAGCUCUUGGACCCCAACGCCACAGCCUCCAGCUGGAGCGAGGCCGACACAGAGCCAUGUGUGGACGGCUGGGUCUAUGACCACAGCACCUUCACCUCCACCAUCGUGACAAAGUGGGACCUGGUGUGUGGCUCGCAGGGCCUGAAGCCUCUGAGCCAGUCCAUCUUCAUGUCUGGAAUCUUGGUGGGCUCCUUCAUCUGGGGGCUCCUCUCCCACCGGCUUGGGCGGAAGCCGAUGCUGAGCUGGUCCUGCCUGCAGAUGGCUGUGGCGGGCAUCGGCACCACCUUCGCCCCGACACUCCUUGUCUACUGCGGCCUGCGGUUCGUGACCGCUUUUGGGAUUGCCGGCAUCUUCCUGAGUGCACUGGUACUGAUGGUGGAGUGGACUACGACCAGCAGGAGGGCGGUCACCCUGACCGUGUUGGCAUGCUCCUUCAGCGCAGGCCAGGCAGCCCUGGGUGGCGUGGCCUUCGCCCUGCGGGACUGGCAGACCCUCCAGCUGGCAGUAUCAGUGCCCUUCUUUGUCAUCUUCCUGAUAUCCUGGUGGCUGCCCGAAUCCGCCCGGUGGCUGAUUAUUAAGCACAAACCAGACAAAGCACUUCAGGAACUCAGAAAAGUGGCCAGGAUAAAUGGCCACAAGGAAUCCAAGAACCUGACCAUAGAGGUGCUGAUGUCCAGCAUGGAGGAGGAGGUGGCCUCUGCCAAGGAGCCACAGUCAGGGCUGGACUUGUUCUGCGUGCCCGUGCUCCGCAGGAGGAGCUGCCCCGCACUGGUGACGAGCUUCUCUCUACUGAUCUCCUUCUACGGGCUGAUCUUCGACCUGCAGAGCCUGGGCCGUGACAUCUUCCUCCUCCAGGUCCUCUUCGGGGCUGUGGACAUCCUGGGCCGGGCCACCACUGUCCUCUUGCUCAGUUUCCUUGGCCGUCGCACCAUCCUGGCGGGCUUCCAGCUCAUGGCUGGCCUCUCCAUCCUGGCCAACACGCUGGUGCCGCCAGAUCUGCAGGUGCUGCGUGUGGUCUUGGCUGUGCUGGGAAAGGGAUGUUUUGGGAUAAGUCUAACCUGCCUCUCCAUCUACAGGGCUGAACUCUUCCCAACCACGGUUCGGAUGACAGCAGAUGGCCUUAUGCAGGUGGUGGGCCGGCUGGGAAGUAUGAUAGGUCCCCUGAUUCUGAUGAGCCGACAAGCCAUACCGCUACUGCCUCCUCUUGUCUACGGCGUUAUCUCCAUUGCUUCCAGCCUGGUUGUGCUGUUCUUCCUCCCGGAGACCCGGGGACUUCCGCUCCCUGACACUGUCCAGGACCUGGAGAGCCAGAAAUCAACAGCAGCCCAGGGCAACCAGCAAGAGGCCGUCACUGUGGAAAGUACCUGGUUCUAGAAAUUCUGCCUGCACGGAGCCCCUUUAGUCAAAGACUCUUGAGCAAGGAGUUGCCUCUUCUCCAAUCAGAGGGUGGAGGCAAGUUGGGCGACUCCAAGGGCCUGGCAUGGCAGAGACCAGGCAGCUGUGGCCGUCUGCUGUGGCUGGAGGCAGCUUCCAUUGCUCACUCCUCUUCUCCCUGCCCUGAUCAGAUUCCCCACCUUACCCCAGCCCUACAGGAGCCUGUGCAGGUGGCCGUGCCUGCCCAAUAACAAGACGGGUCCCCGCCCUUUCCCUGCCAGGCUCAUGUCUUUAUACCCUCACUCAGCCAUGCCAGCUGGAGUCUGGGUUCCAAUCUCACCCCAUCAUAUACAGAGCCCUCGUCUGUGAAAUGGGAAUGAUCACAGGACCCGUCCCCCAAGACAGGUAUCAGGGUGAACUGAUCUUAGCACUGACCAAAUAAAUGGAACCUGCUGAGAGAGCCGCCAGAUA